ACAGUUUGAUAGUGGAAAAUUUACUAGCUGACGCACAACCACCGAAUCUGCAGCGCACGGCUCUUACCCCCCCCAUCACCCCCCCCCCCCACCCCCACCCACCCCCCACCCGCAGCCUACCUUUUUCGACUGCUGAAAAGCCAAGCCCCAAAGUUCCAUUUCAAUCGACGAACCGGACGAUCUGAUCAUCCAUGAUGUACUCCGCUCGAAUUGCGCAUCACGCUAAAAAGCUCAGACAAGGCCCUAAUCUUAUACGAGGCCGGGCAAUCUAUGUACGCUCUUUUGCAGAUGAUGCAGGAUCUGUUGUCAAAACAGAUGAUAUUUCAAGACACGGUGGUCUUGGAGCUUUGGACAAGAAUGGCAGUCCAAAGUUCUCCAGUAUGGGUUCCUUCAGCCCCAAUCAUGUGCCAGUCAAUGGAAUGAUGAAGUCUGCUGUAAAAAUGAGCAAUGGAAAUGCUUUCUGGACAGCCAGGAGUCCUGCAUCAGCAAUAGGCGUGCACUACAACAGCCAAUCAGAAAGAAGGGCCAGACAGUUUUCAACAGAUUCAGGUCUUCCGCCACACUUUGAAAUUGGGAUGCCUUCUCUCUCACCUACGAUGACAGAGGGUAAUAUUGCUAGGUGGUUGAAGAAAGAGGGUGAUAAAAUUUCUACUGGAGAAGUGCUCUGUGAAGUGGAAACUGACAAAGCAACUGUAGAAAUGGAAUGCAUGGAGGAAGGAUAUCUUGCAAAAAUUUUGCGCGGGGAUGGAUCAAGCGGUAUUAAAGUUGGUGAGAUAAUUGCCGUAACUGUUGAAGAAGAGGGGGAUAUUGAUAAAUUUAAGGACUAUAGUCCAGCAUCAGAUGCUGCACCAGCACCCCCGCCCAAAGCACCGUCUGCUCCAAGUCCACCAAAAGAAGAAGUUUCUGCCGCUCCGGCAGAGCCUAAAGUUUCCAAGCCUAGUGCGCCUUCUUCCUCUGGGGAUCGCAUUUUUGCCAGUCCGCUUGCCAGAAAACUUGCGGAAGAUCAUAAUGUAUCUCUUGCAAACAUCAAAGGAACUGGUCCUGAUGGACGCAUUGUCAAAGCAGAUAUUGAAGAUUAUCUUGCUUCAAGUGGUAAGGAAGCUUCACAAGCUCCUAAGGCUGCUACCGCAACAGCUUCUGGUUUAGAUUACACUGACAUCCCACACUCGCAGAUCAGAAAGGUGACAGCAGCGCGAUUAUUGCAGUCAAAACAAACAAUCCCACACUAUUACCUGACUGUAGAUACAUGUGUUGACAAGCUUAUGGAAUUGCGUUCCCAGCUAAACUCAUUGCAAGAAGCUUCGGGUGGGAAAAGGAUUUCAGUUAACGAUCUUGUUAUUAAGGCUGCUGCCUUGGCCCUUAAAAAAGUCCCUCAGUGCAACAGUUCAUGGACCAAUGAUUAUAUUCGCCAGUUUAACAAUGUGAAUAUUAAUGUUGCUGUGCAAACUGAGAAUGGAUUGUACGUGCCUAUAAUUAGGGAUGCUGACAAGAAAGGUCUAUCAAGAAUCUCUGAGGAAGUUAAGCAAUUAGCUCAAAAAGCCAAGGAAAACAGCUUGAAGCCAGAAGAUUAUGAGGGUGGUACGUUCACAGUAUCAAACUUAGGUGGUCCUUUUGGCAUCAAGCAGUUCUGUGCCAUUAUCAAUCCACCCCAAGCUGGCAUUCUCGCAGUUGGCUCAGCUGAGAAAAGGGUGAUUCCCGGUGCUGGUCCCGACCAGUAUAAGUUUGCAUCAUUCAUGUCUGUGACACUGAGCUGUGAUCACCGGGUCAUUGAUGGUGCCAUCGGAGCAGAAUGGCUGAAGGCGUUCAAAGGUUACAUUGAAAAUCCAGAGUCGAUGUUGCUUUAAAGAAGUGAAGGGUGGGAUACAAUCCCACGCGUUCAUUGGAAUCCUUCUUUUGUCGUAGAAGAAUUUUAUACCGUCUCUUUGCUUUUGAUUCACUGAGAACCGAUUUUAUGCGGGUUAGAUAUUUUCGAAUAAUGGGUCCCAAGGCAAUAUGGUAUUGAACCAAUUUUUGCUGAUAUAGAGUGUAGAAAUCUACCCAGCAUGUGAUUAUUUACUUGCCAGUCUCCUCCUUAAACAUAUAUGUCAAGGAAAUAAAAUAUUUCUGACCACCCUUUUGUUUGCUUUCCAUGUAUUCUGAACAAAAUUAUGGAAAUGAAAAUUGAUUUGUUGUGAGGUUAUUUAACCUCUCCCAUUUAAA